AUGCGCGUCAUCAUUACCUUUAUGAGUUUUCUUGGUAUGAUUGUACAUUUUUCACAAAAAACCAACGUUAGCAUUGCUCUUGUCUGUAUGGUUAAUCAUUCAGCUAUUGAACACUAUGAAAAAAAUAUUACAAAAAAACAUCUUACUGAUAUAAAUCAAUAUUGUCUUCAAACAAAUAAAACAAAUCAUAUCGAAGGACCUUACAUUUGGCAUAAAAAUAUUCAAGGCAUUAUAUUAUGUUCCUAUUUCGGAGGUUAUAUUAUAACUCAAAUACCCGGUGGAUAUUUAGCUGGUCGAUAUGGUGCUCGAUUUCUUUUCAGUGGUGCCAUAUUUAUUUCAAGUUUAGCUACUAUGUUUAUGCCAUUAGCUACUACUGCAAAUUGGAUUGUAUUUAGUAUCCUUCAAGUACUUGUUGGACUUGCACAUGGUACUAUUUGGCCAUGUAUGGCUGUUAUUAUGGCUCAUUGGGUACCAUCAAAGGAACGAGGAAAAUUAAUGGGUUUUGUAAAUGCAGGUGCUCAAAUCGGAAAUGUUCUCACUUUAUCAAUUGGUGGAGUAAUGUGUUCGUGGCGUUUUACUGGUGGUUGGCCAUUGAUUUUCUAUUCUGCAGGUGCAAUUGGUUUCGUUUGGGCUUUAUUAUGGAUUCUAAUCUAUGUAGAUUCACCUCAUGAUCAUACUUAUAUAAGUGAAAUUGAAAAGAAAUUUAUUCUCGAUCAUACUCAACAACAGUUAAAUAAUAAAAGUAAUAAUGAUAAUAAUCAAUUUCACACUCCAUGGCGAGCUAUUCUAAAAUCAUCAGCUUGUUGGGCAUUAUUUAUAAUUCAUACAUGCAGUAAUUGGGGUACAUAUACAUUUCUAACGUCAAUUCCAAAAUAUAUGGAUGAAGUUUUAGGAUUUGAUAUUAAAUCGAAUGGAAUUCUUUCUGCUUUACUUUAUGCAUGUCAAUGGUUAAAUAUAAAUAUAUCAGGUAUAAUAGCUGAUAUACUUAUCUAUAGAAAAAUAUUGACAAUAACACAAACAAGAAAAUUAUUUAAUAUAUUAGGAAACUUUUUACCGGCUAUAUUUGUUUUUGGUUUAACUUUUAUGACAUGUCGAUACAAAUAUACUGCUGUUAUUCUUUUAACAAUCGGUGUUACAUUUACUGGAUGCUGUUUCGGUGGAGGUUUUCCAUUAGUACCAAACGAUAUAGCUCCUGCUUAUGCAGGGAUAGUUUUUGGCAUCUCCAAUACAUUUGGAACUAUACCGGGUAUUAUUAGUCCAUAUGUUGUUGGCGCUCUUACAGAAAAAGAUCCAAAUAAUUGGCCAAUUAUAUUUGUCAUAUGUACUAUUAUUUAUAUUAUUGGACUUGUCAUAUUUUUACUGCUUGGUUCGAGUGAAUUGCAACCUUGGGCAAUAAAACAUAUAGAAAAUAGUGUUUUAUAUGAUGAUUUAAUCACAAAACAAAAUAAUGAAACAACAGAAAAAAUAGCGAAUCUAGGAAAUUGA